CUUGCCUUGCGAUCACCGUCGCCAAUCGCAUGGAAGGUAACUCCGGGGGUACGUAAUUUUAAAGGUGAUAAAGAUCCGUGUUGGACUGGACACCACGGUCUUUAAAACGAAGGGGAAACCCACGAAAGGGCAUGCUCCAUUCGCGGAAACCCUCGAGGCGCGAUCAUCUAUUUCGUUCCUCGCUUCGUCGUUGCGGCGGCCGGUUUUUCUCUCCUUCUCUGGGUGGAGUGUCAUCGAGUCAGUGUUUAUUUCGGAAAGUUGGAGUCUUUGAGAUUGGGGCGUGGAAGGUGGGCGCCUGAUGUCUCAUCCGCGGUCCUGGAUCUGGGAUUGUUGACGUUGUGAAGUCAUAUCCUGCAGAUGGUGUUGGUGGUGAUUUUCACUGACCAAUCGAAGACCGAUAUUUGCGGAGUGCUUGUAGACACAUGGUGAUAGUUUUGCCGAUUGGUUUGACUGAUUUAUCCUUGAAAUCUGGUUGCUUGACAAAAUCAAGAGAUCAGCUUGUGGCGUUUUGUCGACUAGAAGGAAGAAAAAGGAGGGGCCUUUGUGGUGGCUGCGGCUGCUCUUUAUCUGAAUGGAAAAUUCUUUUUUUCUAAGUGGCCAACAGAAGGAAGCUUUGUUUUUUUAUCCGUGAUAAUUGUGUUGUCGAUCGAUUACGAAGCUGGAAAUAUGACUAAAGAUUGUGGUUUUGAAUUUAAGAAAAGGCAUCAGUCGUUAAUCCUCUCUGGUAGUACUGCAUCUGACUAGGGUGGAGGAGUUGGUGGGCGAAAAGCUUCAUGGAGCUCUGCUAUAUGGUCUGAAUGUUUAAGUAACGAAAUAGAUUUGGGGAAUUUUUUAAUUACGAGAAAUAUUUUGGUUUUAUAACCUUAAAGCGCCCUGGUACAUCUCAGUUUUUUUGUGCUUCUGAUACUACUUUGUUAAUGACUUGUGUUUUCAUUUAGUGUGUCUCCAUGUUCGCGGCUUUGUUGGAGUUAUAUAACGGCGUUCUCUCUGAGAUCUUUGGUGGCAAAGGCACAAUUAUUUUUGUAAAUGCAACAGAAAAUCUUGGACACCUUAAUUACAUUAUUGGUCAAUACAGGACCUUGAUCUUUUGUUUUCUACUGGUUGUUUAUCAUUUCUGAGAUUGCAGGUAUUUAGAAGUUUCAGUUAAGAACUAUGCAGGAAAUUUGAGAAUUUAUAGUUGGAUUUAUGUUUUAUAGCCCAUGGUUACUAAAUUGUUCAUCAGAUUAAGCAAAUGUCAGCUGUUGCGUGCUAUUUUGACAACACAACAACAACUCAUGCCCUUGUUAGAUGUGAGUGCAGACAGACAACACGGGGAACCAUUGAUUGGUCUAGUUCAUAUUCUAGAGAAUUGGAAACAUUUCCUUCUUUACUUUUGGAAGGUUUGCAUGAGAAAACAUACGGUAUACUGUCCCUUUGUUAGAUGAGAGUGCAGACAGACAACACAGGGAACCAUUGAUUGGUUCAGUUCAUAUUCUAGAGAAUUGGAAACAUUUCCUUGUUUACUUUUGGAAGGUUUGCAUGAAAAAACAUACGUUAUACUGUCAACUUUGUGUGGAUGAUGAAGUAACUGGUACAUUUACAGGUUACUCGGUGAGAAAGCAUGUAAAAUUUUGUGUUGUAAAUGCAUAUUUCAUCUUGUGCAGUUAAAUGGUUUAAGAGAAUAAAAACAGGGCUGCUGAAUGGCAAGGAUUAUGGAGAUAUGCCAUCUUCAGUUGAGUGGCCUUGAUACUAGCAGGCAUCUUUUCUCAGAAAUGUAAUUGGGGAAUUCAAGUCAUGAUAACCCUUUGGUAAAUCUAUGUUGAUACUCGAACUCAUUUAAACUUUCAAGUCAAAUAAAUCUCCGUAACACAUAUGAACUGUGAAAAUGAAUUUGGCCUUAUCUUCUAGCUGAUUAUUGGUGGUUAACGCAAAAGAAAAAUAAGGUUAAUUAUAUCCUUUGGCUAUCUCAUAUUUACUUGUUCUGUUGAUUGCAUGGUCCUUGAAUCAAGAGAAUUGUUCUAGACUUCCUAGGUCAGGGCUAUGGAAGUUUUUUGCCAGAUUUCACCUUUCUUAGAAAUUUUAAUACUUAAAUUAGGUUGUUUCUGCUUCAUAAUUUGUUUAAUUGUUUUAUUCUUUCCUUACAACCAUAUUGCUAUUAUGUCAGGCAGUGAAUCUCAGGUGCUUCAUUUCCUUUUUUCACUGCAUCAAAGAGAACGGUAGGAUAUUCUGUCCAGGCAAAACUUGAAGAUAUGCCAGAAUCAGACAAUAAUAAGUUUGGACAUGAUCUUACAUCUCGCAAUUCUAGCAACUCUAUGUCAGGUGUGCCUAUCAAGAAAAGGCUAUUUUGUUUGACUCAACAUUCAUCUCCUAUUCCUCAAGAACCAGAUGUACCUGGACAAGAUUGUGGGCCCAUGUGCCUUGAACCAGAAUCUACUACUACGGAUAAUUUAACUCAUCCAACUUUUUCCAUACUGCCUGAGCCACCUGCAUAUAAGGAGGAUAUUGAAAUGAAAUCUUCAAGUGUUAAAUAUGCAUACCUACCAAAUUCUCUAUGGCAAUUGACAUCAUCUUUAGAUGCGAAAAAUAAUACACACAACUUGGUUAAACAAGUGAGAGCUGAAACAUGUUCGUCAGAUCUUCCCCUGGCUCCUCAGAAAACAUUUAGUGAAACAAAUGCAAAGGUUUGUGCUGCUAACAGUGUGACUAGGUUAAAUUUGGAUUUGAAUAUUCCGGUCGAUGUGUGGGAUGCUACUGUGAAUGGGUCUGUUAUUGAAUGUAAUAUGCACAAAGUUUUGAAUGACAGUGAUAAGUGUCAAGAAAAGCUUGAGGCAUGCACUAAACAGACAAUUCCUCUGAGAAUUAAUGGGACUGAUGUAAUGCUGGCAAAGUCUGUUUCUGGGAGAUGUCAUUACGAUCAGAGGUUAUCCAAUUUAGGGAUGCCUGCUGAAAAGCAUAAGAGUGCAGAUCUUGGAUUAGAUUUGCAGCUUAAACCCCCCGGCAGACCAGAAUUAUGCAUUAAUUGGAGUGCUGUUGCUCCUGAUCUAAGCUUGUCUUUGAGAGGAAAUGUAUCAAAUUCAUCUAAGAAUAUAAAGCCAGAACCAUAUAUAGGCAAAAGUGAUAAGGACUCUAUAAAUUGUCAUCUGGGUAAACCAAAGAUUGUAGGUUUAGGACAUGUAAAACCUGAACCAAGUAACCAAAAUUAUCAGGAUGAAACUGCCAAAAAGACUUUUGCCAGUGACCAGAAACAAGAAGCCAGGAGUUUAGUAAAAAUGGAGCCACCUAAAGAUCAAUCUAGAGAGUUCUACAAUAGACCUGCCGUUGGAAUGCUCAACACAGAGUCGGACAACAAUAAACCAACACAGCAUAUGGAAGUCUCAGGUACAGUUGAAGCCAUAGAUUUAAAUUCUGUCAUUGUUCCUGUUGAAAAGGUUUGUGAAGUUGAUGGCUCGGUGAUGAUUGUUAAUACAAACAUAAACACAGAUCAAAGAACUUGUGUGGCCUCAGCUUCUGUUGUAAGUUCAUCUUAUGUUGAAUCUUGUAAAGUUGAGGAGACACUUAAUAGCACUUGUAAUCUUGAACACGCGGAAGGAAGUGCUACAAAGGGAGCAGAUCUAAAUGCAGAUUCUGUCGUUUUGGGUGUUAAGGAGAACCUGGUGGGCUAUGUAAAUUCUGAAGAUUUUUGCUUGCCUUCUGAUCCAUAUCAUGAAUCUGCCGGACCUGUGGCUUUGGAUGGUAUGUCUGAGGGUAGUGCAGAAUUGGAUUGCUCAGAUGGUGAGUAUUACAUAUCAUCAAAAUCGGUUGCAGAAGGUAAACUUCAUUUGGAUUCCGCAGGAGAGACUUUAGUAGGUGAGAAAAAGCAGGAAAGCAUGGAUGUAUCUUCUGAGAUUCAAGAAAAUUCUGCUGACAGUCAAUCCCCAAAUGAUAGUCCUCAUUUUCAUAGAGAUGAAGUUCUUACACAUGGAGCUGACACUGGUGAUUUUAAAAACAGGAAUAUUCUCCUUCAUGGGGCAAUUGAGUCUUCCUGCGAUGAAGGAGAGAAAGCAGAUAAAGACAGGGAUCUUGUCCCUUAUGGCGCGAUCGAGUCUUCCAGUGUGGAACGAGAGAAAGCAGAUAGUAAGAUUGCUGCCAGCUCAACUGCCCCAGAGGAUGUUACUUUCAAGAUGCCAUCGACUUUGGUGGUCAGUAAUGAAACACAGUUACAAAUUUCGGAUGCAAGGACUAGUCGUAGUGAUGAAACUUCUGAUGGCAAUUUGUGCAAUGAUAAAAAUGAUACAGGCUCUAGUUUAACAACUGAUUUGCUCGAGUCAUCAGGUGGGAGGGUGCCAACAGUUUCAAGUGGGACAAGACCUACAAAACCAUCGGAAAAAGCAAAUAGGAAGGUAAAAGGCUCACUCAUAAAGUCAAGGUCUGCUGGAUCAUCCAGCUCAGAAGUUGUGAAAACUAGCAAGGACGAUAUAAGUAGCCAACAGGUUAAAGCUAAAGAGGCUGAUGUACCUGUUAGUAAUCCGUUGUCAUCAGAGCUGGAGUUAGAUACCAAUGGUCUUGCUGAUCAGCAUGUUGAUAAUAUGGGUAAAUCUAAUCAGAUUAGGAAGGUAAGUUCAUUAGUUACCAACAAGUCAUCCUUUGAAAAGAUGAAAUUGAGUUCCUCUAGGCUAGUUAUUUCACAAACUGACAGGUUAGGGUUGAUCGAUAAAUCACACAGAUGGGAGAGGUCACACUCCCAAGGUCGCAGGGGUGAGAGGUGCAAUGAUAGGUUUCUGAAAUACAGAAGCAAUGAUCAAGAUCAGCCGACUCGAAAACGUAGUUAUGGUUUGGUGAACACCAGAAGGGAUGGCAACCAAAUGAGUGUUUAUGGUCGAGAUUCUGACCCUCGAUAUGCACCAAAAGUUAACGAUUCAAAAGGUUACAGAUUUUUUAGGCCUUGUAGCGACCAAGAGGGUCCCUUGAGAAUUGUGGCGGAUGCUUCUGUUGGAAGUACUGGUAAGAGCAUCAGAAGAUUCAUAGAUGAUGAGCAACCACAUAGGACUCGUUUUCCAUAUAGGAGGCAUUCUCCUGGGGCCUGUGAUAGAGGUGUUCAAAUUUCUGGCCGCCCCUCAAGGGAAGUCAGUCCCAGCAGGUCCGCUGGGAGACAUGUUCCAGACAUUCCCAUCAGUUGCUUGCCAAAUGAAAUGAUAGACCCCUUUUUAUAUGCAGACCCAUGUGUGAAAUAUGAGCAAGCUGAGAAUCAUUCCAUGUGGAGAGAAAGAAGCCUUUCACCUACUCAGAGGAGGGGUACUCCCAUACAUUUUCCCCGAAUGCGCUCUCCUUAUCAGUUUUCUCCACCUCGAAGGUCACCUGACUUGGGUUACGGGGGACAUCCGGAAUUGAUGCAACACAGGUCGCCACCAGUUGUCAAAAUUGACCAGAUGCGGUCACCUCCACGACGCCUUUGUUUACCAGAAUAUGCGAUGGUCAGAAAUGAUUUGCCUCACUCUUGCCUGCCUAAUGACAUGAGAGAAAUGCAAGAACUGGAUUUGCCAAGGCCUGGUAGGGGCUCUCAAAGGAACAUCAGGAGGUUUGAUUUGAGUGAUCAACAAGAAGUUACAGAGGAUUACUUUGGAUCUUUGCACUUUGCCCAGCCUCUUCCACUUGCACAUGCAGAAGAUGAGCUUCUGGCUAGAAGGAAGUUUGAUGACAAUUGUUCUUAUCAACGGUCUUAUGAAGAUCACCACCCCGUAGGUGGUGAUAGGGAGGAGCCUUUUCUCUAUCCUGGUGACUGUAGUCCUGCUAGAUGUAGUCCUGGUAGACCUGUGAGGUUUUACCCCAAAAGAGAAGGCUUCUCCAAUAGAGUCAGCCUAAGGAGCCCUGUGAUGCGAAUGAAAAAUCAACUGGGAAGCACCACAAACAGAUCAAGAAGUAUGGCUGAACAAGAAGAUUAUAGAAACCGAAGCCGACCAGCAUGGCGUGACGAUAGUUUUAACGACAUUCGGCUAAAGAGGAGAAGAGUCUAACAGUGAGAUGUGUCAUUUUUGGUGACUAGGCUGCCUGCUGGUCAUUUAAUAACAAAUCCUGCUGUACAGUUCUGGAACCACACUGACUUGUAUAGUUCUUGCUGACAAGAUUUACUUGGACUUGAAGAAGCACAAAAGGCGGGCCUUGACAAAUCUUCCUUGUAUAGUUCUACCACAUGGACUAAAAGGUUAUGUCAGUCGUUGAGAUUGAGAGCUAGGGGUCUGUGUCAGCCAUCUCUUCUGGCUCAAGCAACACUGCCACUCUUCUUGCUAUAUUCGAUAAAUCUAUGAAGUGAAGGUUGCCAUUUUUAUCUAAUUUAUCACAGAACUGAUUCACACAUACAUCCCGAUAUCUGCUAUGGUGAUGAGCAAUGCCCUGCUUUGUCGAUGACGUCUUGAAUCUGGAGGAUGAGAACAAUGCAGGUAUCUUGUAUACUGCACAUUGCAUAAAUGAACCUGACCAUGGCAGUUUCCUUCCACAUCUGCUGCUGUUUUUGUAUUGCUUGCUUAUCACCUUGGACGGUGGGUUUACGACUGGAAGAAAAGAAAAUCGAAUUCCUUCUUAGUUGAAUGGAUUGUUGGUUGGCAUUGUCUGCCUGGAAUUAUAAGCAAUUUCUUCAUGCAGUGAUUGCUUGCUCAUCACCUUGGCCGGUGGGUUUACGACUGGAAGAAAAGGAAAUCGAAUUCCUUGGUAGUUGAAUGGAUUGUUGGUUGGCAUUGUCUGCCUGGAAUUAUAAGCAAUUUCUUCAUGCAGUGAUGGCUCGGAGGAUAUAAAAUGGAAAGUAGUAAUCAUCCAAACAAGUUGAGCUUGGUUGGUCUCCUAAUAAACUUGAAUUGAGCAAGUGAAUAGACGACAUGCCUUUAAAUUACGAAUUACGUUGUUAGACUGGCAGUAACAGCCCUUCAAGGCGCGCCGAACACAUUGCACUCUCCUGCAACUUUCUUUGCUGUGUAUUAUGCUUGAUGAGAAAGGACAGCAGCAGAAAUGAUAGUAACGAUGUGGUGGCGUAUACUCUAAUCGUGGAAGCUCUUCUACGGCAGAACGACGAAGCAGCAGUGUCACCACUGGUCGAGCACGAUGACUUGCGAACUGUUAUAUAUCGAUCAUUUUCCCUCAUUAAAUAUACACGAAAAGGAGAAAUAAAGGAAGCUUCAUCCAACUUAUCGAGAAAGAAAUAACACAAUGAAAGACGAUUCGUUGCUGACAGUGGCCGGCAAAUUCUCCCCCUUCUUACUCCUUGCGGACCGUGUGGAAGUGCUCUGGCGAGAGGUGGGAGUAGCUCAUGCACUAAUAACAAUAAGUGGCUUGCAGCCGUUUCCAUCUCCCAAAUCCAAUGUCUCAGUUUUCUCCGACAGAUGACUGUAGCAAAGCCAACAGAGUGAGGUGUCGAUGAGCCAGCAAUUGGAAGUCCGUGGCAUGCUUGCCAUGGUGCUUACUCUAGUGAUGAGUACACGAAUUCGUGGCAUGUGAAUCUUUCCACCCUUAAUUCCCCCAGAGGAAUACACAGACUGUGUCACAGUCACACGUAAGAAACACACUGAGAAAGGCAAACGUUCACGUGAUGAAUGCUUCCUCCUUAUCUACCUCUCGUUGGUUCUUGUUUGGUUCUCCAUCGUAAGGAGCCUUCCACUCCAGAGGAGAGGAGGGAGCCAUGAGCUUCGGGAGCAAGUCUUCUGUGAGCUGCGCAGACGCUCGUUGGCCGGUUAGACCAAGCUACAAGUGGCCGGAGUCCGACGCCGAGUUCGUGAAGUCGAUGGCAGGAAGAAGGGGUGAAAGAGGCAGCCAUCGCGAUGGGAGGAAGAAGUGGAGUCCGAGUCCGAUGGUGGUGGAUAGCUAUUCCUGCCGGCAGAUGUACCUGAGGAGCUACACCUUCUCCAAGGAGGAGACUGUCACGGAGAAGGCACGGCAGUGCCUCGGGAAAGUCAAGGAGCGAGCUGCUCUUCUGUUCCCUUUUCUCCAGCAGAAUUCUGAGAGCGGCAAUGAAAUGAACGGACGUAACAGCAGGAGGAAGAAGAAGAAGAAGAAGGGUUGCGGAACAGACAGGGAGCUGAGAGAGAUCUCCUACUCGGCACUGUUCUCCAUUUUCUACCGACUCCUCUUGUGCACCGCUGGCGUCGAAGUUGCUGACCGAAGAUAAACCAACGUGUUAAUUUUGCUGGAUCUCUCUCCAUACAAGUACAAAUUUGUUCUAUGUAUUCUCAGAAGUUGGUGUUUUGUAUCUGUGUAUCGUACUAAAAUAUCAGAAUUAAGAGUCGCAAUAUUACUUUUA